AUGGCGAUCGGGAACGAUCCUAAGUUUAAAAAUCAAACCGUGAAAAAACGCUAUUUUGAAGAUCAAAAUGAUGACACAGAGAAUUCGCCAGGAAGCGUUGGUGAUGUGAAAAACCGUCCAGCAAAGAUCAUCUUCGACGACGAUGGCGAGCAGCGCGUGGUGCCGAAAGACUACAAGACAAAAGAGGCCGGUGCAUAUCAGCGAACCGGCGAGAAACGAAAGCAUGUGUCCCGGGAUGAAACGGCCACCGCAAAUUCAGACAGUGAGGAUGAUGAAGGCGAGGAUGAACUGGCUACACUGUGGUAUAAACCCUUCGAAGCGUAUAAUCUGGAAGGCGAGAGAGAAGAUAUGAAGGAUGCCGAAAUAGCGGAACUGCGCCGUAUUUGCCGGGCAGCGUUCGAAGCGGAAUGUCGCGCCCGGAAGAAGUACGAUCCGUCCGAUGCGAAAUGGUUGCUUAGUGCGCUUGAAAAAGGUACGAUGCGCGAUCGUGCCAAUGCCGGUGCACUGCUCGUACAAACGAACCCUUUCUGCCAUCUACAGGCACUCGGUACGUUGGUCGGCAUGGUGAAAGCCUCCAACAAAGGCUACCUGGAUGUGAUUGAAGUGUUGACAGAGCUGAUGCUAAAAUCGUUGAUGCCAUCGCAUCGCAAACUGAUCACGUUACCGUUGCGCGGUACCGAUUGGAAGUAUUUGCAGAAGCAGGAAAAUUUGGAAAAAUCACGCCGGGAACAGAUUUACGCACACUGGCACUUUGAGGAUGAGUUGCGCGAACAUUACUUUGCGUUCGUUAGCAAUCUGACAACGAUCUUACACACCGGUCAGGAACCGGGCAAAAUGAAAACGAUCGUGUACGUUUCGAAGCUGUUCUCAAGCGUGCCGGAAAUGGAACGGUUGCUGCUGACGGCACUGGUCAACAAGCUGGGCGACCCAUCGCGUAAGGUUGCGGCCAAAGUGUUGCACCAUCUGCAGCAGAUCGUCCGGCAGCAUACGCUCAUGUCGUUGAUUGUGACGUGUGAAACGGAGAAGCUACUGUUCCGCAACAAUCUUGCCCAAUCGGCACAACACUUUGCCCUGUCGUACCUGGCCUCGAUUGCAGCGUUAGGCGAUUUUGCCACCAGCCAGAAGAUGAUAAACAUAUGCUUUGCGUUCUUUAAAAUUCUCACCGAAAAGGGUGAGGUUAAUUCACGCACGAUGCAGUCGAUACUGACCUGCCUGCGAAAAGCGAUCAAAAACGUGAAGCGGGAUGUAGAUCUGGCCGAGGUGGUGGAACCGAAGCUGCUGAACGUUAUCUACCGGAUGAUUCAUCUGGCGGACAUAUCGAUCGGUUGCCAGGGUUUGUCCUUGCUGUUAGAACUUACCGAGCGAAAAGGUCGUGAGCAGAACCGAUUCUACAACGCGCUUUACCGCAAGAUGCUCGAUCCACAGCUUGCUUCGAUUGGACCACGUAUAUCGAACAUUUUCUUCUACAUCAUUCACCGGGCAAUGCAGAACGAUCCCAUUCCGGAGCGGGCGCAAGCGUUUGUGAAGCGUUUGCUGCAGGUUGCGUUCUAUUUCCCACCGGCCCGGCUGUGUGGAGCAUUGAUCGUGAUCAGUAAGGUGCUGCGGAAGCGUCGUAUCGUGGUGCAGGAUGGGUAUGAACCACCGACCGAUGAGAUGGUAGAAGCUUUGCAGAAAGAAUUGCCUGAAGCAGAGAAGGGGGAAGCCGAUAAGCUGGCAAUGUUACGUAUGCCCAAAAAGUAUGAUGCAUUCGCACGGUCAGCAGAAUUUGCUGGCGCACAGUAUAGCGUGAGGUAUGAGCUAGUACGCUAUCUGACGUACUUCCAUCCGACGGUGCAAAAGUUUGCUCAGAGUAUUCUUAACAAUACUGCCCUAACGUACUACGGUGAUCCGUUGGUGGAUUUUUCACUGGGUCGUUUUCUCGAUCGGUUUGCAUUCAAGAAUCCGAAGAAACCUCGUACGGAAAAGGAUCAAAAUGGGGAAGAACGAUUGCGUCCGCAGAUACUCGGUGUGGUGCAGCGGAAAAGCGAUUAUGUGCCGAGCGGGGCCCGUGCACUGCCGGUUAAAUCUCUCACUAAAGAUCAGUGUGCGGAAGAUGAUGAGUAUAUUUUCAAGUUCUUGGAACAGAAGCGUUACCGCAUCCAGCGUGCCAAGGAGCGUAAGGCAAAGAACGGUGAAGAGGAUGACAUCGAUUCGGACGUGGAUUCGCUGAAUGAUGAGGAGUUUGAAGCGUAUCUCGACACACUGGGCGUACCGGGUGGAAAGGGGGGCGAUGCGGACAUUGACGGUGGAGCUGAGGUUGACUUUAUGCAAGAACUCGAGCAGGAAAUGGCAAAGGAUCGUAAGGCACGCAAAAAGAAAGCGGACGAGGAGGAUGAGGACGAUGCGCUGGACGAUUGGGACGACGUGGAAGGGGAGGAAGACGAUUACGGUGCAGAGGAUGGUUCGGAUGAUGAGGACCAACCCCGUCCCGGACGCAUACGGCGUGACCCGAUCGAAGAGGAUGGUGAGUUUAGCGAUGGUGGUAGCAUUUCGUUGGAAGAGGACGAAGAUUUCGAUGGAGAUGAGAUGAUGGAUGAGGACGACGACGACGACGACGCAUCGGAGGGCGCGGUAGAACUCGACGGUGAAGAAGACGAAGAAGAAGGAGACGAUGAACCGGCUCUGAAGAAACGCAAGAAGCUUUCCUCUAAAAUGAAGACCAGCAGUGGCAUGGUGAGUGAGCGGGAGUUUGCCCGUAAGCUCAAGACGGCCGACAUGAGCUCGCUGUUUGCUGCUGCGGAUGACUUUUCCGAGCUGCUGGAAAGCAAUACGGUGGACGCGGCGAUGGCGGGUGGACGUGGGGCUGCCAAAAAGAAGGGUGGUUCGAUUGCGAAAGCGAGCAAACAGCAGCUGUUCGAUAGUCACGGUACGGAAGCCGAGGUUUACAAUCAGGACGAAUCGUCUGUGAAACAGUUGGCCUGGGAAGCGACACGCUUUAGUGAUCGCAAUCCGAGGAAAAUAGGUGGCAGAGGAAGUCAUUUUGGUGGUGGACGUGGAAGAGGUGGACGAGGUGGACGGGGAGGACGGGGAGGAGGGCCAGGUAAGUCACAUUUCCAGAAGCGAGGUGGUAGAGGGGGACGAGGUGGUCGGGGACGGAAAUAG